AUGACUGGUCAGCUGAGCCUGAGUGACUGUUAUUGUAGAGUUACUGCAGGGAUUCACCAAUGGUGUAAAGAGUAAAAUCGCGUAUCUUCUUGGUCCAGCAGACGAUUUACUGUUAUUUUAUGUAUAAUGUGGGUUGGCGUUGAGAGUUGUUGUGUGAUAUUUUAAUCUACGUUCAAAGGGCAACGAUGAGUGACUAUGAGAACUGUAAUACCAGUGUCCAGACAGGCGUUGUAGUACGGAUUGCACAGGACCCGGGAAAUGGGCAAUCCACACCUUUGCUGGGAAAUGGACCCAGGACUGAGGCCUCUCCCGGAGCUUCCUUUGCCUCUUCCGUCUUCAACUUGAUGAACGCCAUUAUGGGCAGCGGCAUCCUGGGACUGGCCUACGCCAUGGCCAGCACCGGCAUCCUGGGCUUCUGCAUCCUCCUGCUGCUGGUUGCCAGCCUGGCCUCUUACUCCAUCCACCUGCUUCUCAAACUGUGCGACCAGACAGCUGUCACCUCUUAUGAAGAUCUGGGUUUCCGUGCCUACCAGCGUCCCGGGAAGAUACUGGUUGCAAGUGCCAUACUGAUCCAGAACAUUGGAGCCAUGUCCACCUAUAUGUUCAUCGUCCGAUUCGAGCUCCCUGCGGCUGUUGCCAGCUUCCUGCCUGGAGACCACAGCUGGGCCUCGGGCUCGUGGUACCUGGAUGGCAGGAUCCUGCUGCUGGUGGCGGCGGUGUGCAUCGUGCUGCCUCUGGCUCUUCUCCCUAAAAUAGGGUUUCUGGGCUACACCAGCAGCCUGUCCUUCCUCUUCAUGGUGUAUUUCGCCGUGGUGAUCGUGGUGAAGAAGUGGUCUGUCCCCUGCCCCCUCCCGCAGAACGCCUCACUGACUCUGGGCCACGCGCAGUACCCCAAUUCCUCUGAUUGCAUUCCAAAGCUGUUUGUCAUUUCCAGUAAGAGUGCCUACGCUGUGCCCACCAUGGCCUUCUCCUUCCUCUGCCACACGGCUGUGCUGCCCAUCUACAGCGAGCUCCACAGGCCUACAAAGAGACGGAUGCAGAAUGUGGCAAACACAGGCAUUGCCUUGAGCUUCCUCAUCUACCUGCUGUCGGCCCUGUUUGGGUACCUUACCUUCUACGGCCGCGUGGACUCGGAGCUGCUGCUGGGGUACGACCUGUACCUCCCCCACGACGUCCUGGUCAUGACCGUGCGCCUCGCCAUUCUCCUGGCCGUGCUGCUCACCGUGCCGUUGAUCCACUUCCCGGCCAGAAAGGCUGUGACCAUGAUGCUGCUCUCAGGACGGCCCUUUUCUUGGCUCUUCCACUCCCUCAUCACCCUGACACUCAUCGGGAUCGUCCUGCUGCUCGCCAUCUUCGUGCCAGACCUCAGGAAUGUCUUUGGAGUUGUGGGAUCUACAACCUCCACCUGUCUGCUGUUUGUGUUCCCAGGGCUGUUCUACCUCCGGAUCAGCACAGAGAACUUCAGGUCUCCCCAGAAACUGUGUGCGCUGGCCCUCCUGGUGUUCGGAGUGUGUGUGGGGCUGCUCAGUCUCUGUGUGAUCGUUGUGACCUGGGUGGAGACCCCCUAGUGUUCAUGGACCCUGAUCUUCUGCUGUGGGGAUCUAAGCUCUGCUGCUGGAGGGUGGAAUUCAAUCUCAGGUCCUGGGAUACAUUCUGGAGAGGGAGGAAUCCCUACAUCUAAAAAUCCUUAGAUCUGAAUCCCUAGAAAAUAGCACCGGUCCCAGUACUGAUCCUUGGGCCUGGAUUUAUUAUGUAUUGGGCUCCUUUGUGGAGGAUAUCAGUAAGGAUCGGAGUAUUUUAAGAUCCGGAUUUAAAACAUGUUUUUAAAUGAUGAUGACAUCUCUCCAUUGCCAGUUUUUCCUGUAUAGACGCUGGAAAGUAUUCUGUAUCUCAGUGCUCAACCAAAUCUUCUUGAAGAGCUCAUUCAGGGAUGUUGCUGUUGAUUGCAAGUUUUUGUGUAAUCCAUGACUGGAUGUUUGUCUAAUACAGCAUCCAGUCUAUUACGAAGAGAGACACCACCUGGUUUAUUAUUGAUUUGGCCUUUUAAAUGCCAUGUUUUAUAAUUUGUACCUCAGGUGAUAUGUUUUUAUCCAAAGGCUGACCUUUUAAAGUGCAAUUUCCAUUUUUCUAUCACUUUUUUUUUUUAAAAAUCAGAGGGCUAGUCUAUUCCACAACUUCUGCCUGUCCUCAGCUGUUCUGGGCUUGUGGUCACCUGGGUGACCCUGGGGAAAACUGCACCUUGUGUACUGACCGUUUGUACAACACCCCUCUUCACUGCUACCUCAAAUAUUCCCGGUGUGCAGCAUUCCUGUUACACGUCUGCAUUUAAUGAUUGCUGGUUUAGUUUUUACAGCCAACUGGACAGAGAGGAGAUGUGCUCUCCAUUAUAUUGUGACUCUCACUCUAGGGAAACCAAAAAAGUAAUUACACUCGUACAAAGGAUUUUGUUUUGUUUUACAAAUGUUUACAGUUGUAAUGUUUUAUAUUUUUGCUUUGGAUCGUGAUUGUUUCCAUGAAGGGAAAAAUACUGACAAUGAUUACGAAAAGGGAAUAAAUAAUGUUCAUAUUACACAC